AGCAUUUGGCUGCUACCGCUCAAUAAAUAUGUGUAUUUCAGAUCUAUAUUAUUGCCAACACCACAGAAUUUCCAGUUUGUACCACACACAGAUGCGAUACACAGUAUACACGCACGUAUGUACGAGCCAGUGCAUUCAGCGUACCUGACGGCGAAAAUUCAUUUUAUUGAUUUAUUUUACCGAUUAUGUGCAACAUAAGCUAGAAUCCCGUUGCAGCAGCGGCGGAGAGAUGUGGAUCGCAGAUGUAUAACGUAUACCGUCGCACGGCUGGCAAUUUCUGACACAUUUCCUAUUAUGAGAAACUUAUACGUGACACCGCAAGGUGGAUUGUCUCAAUCGAUUGUGGCAUUUAAAUCCCGAUUAUUGCUCGCAUUAAUUUAUCACUGAUGGCAUCCCUUGAUAGUGAAGGUUUUGUUUUCGAUUUUACCUGCCUGUGUUGCCGCAUAACAUUUCAUGGAUGUACGGCAUUUUUGAUCAGAUGAAACCUUCAUAAUCGCCUACCACGGAUUUGGACAAUAAAUAUAUAUACAUGUUAUAUUACACACACAUUCUCCUUCCGGAAGAAAAUCUGCGCAUUUUUAAAUCCGGCAGCGCGUGAGCGCAUAUCGCACAGCAGUAAAUGGCAGCCUAUCAAAAUGGCAGCGCUAUCGUCCGUCUAUCUCCACGACAGGCCCGCGAAGCCAAGCAUGAAGUCCUGUUGUUCUUUGUGGAAUUGCUCAUGGAGUGUAAAUCCCGUAAACUGCAUGACCUCAGCUGCUUAUUCGGUUCACCCAAUUUCACACCGGAAAUGAAACAAGUGGUGGGCGCCUCGCAGACCGGCUUAAAGCGUUUCUUACUGAAACAUCCCUCAUUAUUUACCAUUAAAGGCGACACAGUCACCAUGACAUCGUACGAUGUGGAGGAUAAUGUGUGGACGGAAAACGGCCACGGAAAGGAGCAAUAUAAUAGUACCGGCGGGAAAGCGGCGGUCAGUCCGGAAGAUGAAGCCGUGGAGUUUUUCCGGUCAAAACUACUGGCUGCGCCAGCUCGUGACGAGUAUCGUUUACCUUUAAGGAGUCUUGUUGGACACCGAAGUCAAGCACCGGAAAAAAUCCGUUCGGUAAUGGGGAGAAAUCUACCGGAUUUCAUCCGCUUCUUACGAGCGCAUUCCGAUGUAUUCCUGUACGACGUGGUCAGCGACACCGUCAAACUGACGCCCAGUGCUCAAAAAUCCCCUAGCCGCGACUGUCCCUCACCGUCGUCCUCCAUCUCCUCUUUUUCUUCCGUUUCGCUCCCCGCCGGGGAAUUCGAUCCCAACGAAUGCUUGGAAUUUAUCGCCUUAGUCCUGCAGACACGGGGACCGCUGUUUCUGGAUGAACUGUACGGACACCUGAAUAAGAAAUACAAGCCGGAUGUCCGGCAGCAUUUCGCUAAAAAUCCCCGUGAACUGGGCGAGAUGCUGCAGCAACGGGGCGGCAAUCGUUUUCAAGUGGCGGGGAAUCUGGUAACCUAUGUCGGAUUGCCGUCGCCGCAGGAGACUGCCGCCGGUGGUGGCGGUGGCAGUGUACGCAGUCCACCUGGGUCGGCGCGGGAAGGAAUGAAAUUGCGGCUGGCGCAAACGCUCAAUAAGGUUAUGACGGACAAUAAAGCGCGCGGAGCGCUACCCGAGCCGGAAAUGGAUAAAGUAUGGAUACCACCGUGGACGGAAGUUAUAAAGCCGAAACAGUUGAAGGCUUUAGUAUCGGAGAUCCUCGACAGUUCAGCCGGUGCCGAUGCUGUCGGCUUAUCUUUUAUUCUCGGUAACUAUCCGGAAGUGGAACCUGAGAUCAGCGAAAACGGUCUGCAGCCGAUUACUCCGCGAGUGAAUUUUAAGCUGUCAAAGAUCUUCUUAGCCACGUACGACGGCAAGAUACACUUGAUAUCGAUCCUGGAGCAUCCGGAGUUAUUGCGCCUGGGCGGCUUGAAGGAGCUGUUAACGUCCGACAAAAUUCGUAAGGUGUUCCACGAUGGCUCGAAAGGGCUGGCGGCGCUAAUUAAUCAGUACGGCUUACGCAUCGUCAAUCCCUUUGACACACAGGUCGGUUACUCAAUACUGGAAUAUCAAAACAGUUCCGGUGGAGAAAAUUCUCAGCCGUUCCUGGAAAGCGAUCGAUCCAUCAGUGUUCUGGAUGUGGCCGGUGGUUGUAUGCCCAGCGCGGUGCGCAUGGCCAACACCGCAAUCCGACCUGACCCAGAUGAUGCUCAUUUGUGCACCGCCUACAACAGUCUCAGGAUUGUGUUUCCUCAAGUUUAUGAAGCACUUAAAAGCCGGAUGUCAAUGAAAUUUCUUCCGUUAAUGCGAACGAUCCUAGAGGAACAGUACGAAGAAUACCUCAAUCCCGAGAGAGCCAAGCUGCUAAUAAAAAAUCGCCGAACUCUCCAUCAACUGGAUGUUUUACAAUCGAAAUUAAAUCAUCAUCGUCCGGCCGAUGUCGGCGAAAAUGGUCUGAGUGAAGAGGAGACGCGGCUGCGUGAAAUGGUAACAUUAACAAGCAACUCUCAUGGGAACACCACCCCCAUUGUAUCAUCUGAGUCAUGCGUGACCAAAGGCGAAAUGGCCACAUCGGAGACUCAGACGGCAAUAACCGGUGAUAUACGACCAAUUGUAUGUGAUGAAUUUUAUGACGAUAAUCUGGGAAUUAUUCGUAACCGGUUCCCACAUGAAACCCUCCUCGCAAUCAGUGAUAUGGUCUGUGAUACAAAUUUAAAACUUUCUACGGUAGACAUUUUAUAAAUCAUGAGCACACCGAUUCUAAAUGAGAUGUCUGUUUGACGAUUGUUUCGGAGCCCCGAGGUGGCAAAUAAAGAUUCUAUACAGUUUGAACUGCAAUCUGC